AUCUUACGACUUCCGCCCGCCCCUCACACACGCCAUUUUGGAUUUCGGAGUAGGCUUACUUUGGUUUGGCACCACGAGCUAGCAGGUUUCCAAUAUCCACUGGUGCAACAUUUUACACAGAACACUUGGUGGUGCUGACAAAUAUUUUUGAGGAGGACGUUGUUUUCCCCACUGAUGUCCAUGACUUACAUCCCGCGUCUUAUCAUUCUUCCGGUCGGCUUGCUGCUGUCGUGCGAGCGGCUGUGAAGCUAGCUGGCUUGCUAGCUGCUCGCGGAGAAGCCGAGCAUCCCCACCGGCUUUUUUCCGCUGAAGAAAUAUCACCAGGCCGCAAAAUAUUAUUUUAGCCGUUUGUGUAGUGAGGUGUUACCGGGCCACCCGGCUUUUUGUGAGGAGAGAUGUAUCAAAACCCAGUGAACGACCUGACAACACUCAGGAAAGCCCGGACAAAAGUUAAAGUUGCCCUUGAAGAUAUUGGUUUGGAGUAUUGCAAGGAGGUAAUAAAGGAUUUUAAGGACUUUAGUCCGGAUGAUGAAACUUUCAACGAGACAGAAUGUACUGAUGUCUGUGUAUGGAAUCCUGCGCACUCUAAACCACAGGACUAUCGGUCGAGGCCUUUUUGCUGCGGAGUGUGUCGAUUUUCCUCCGGAAACUACGAGACCUACCAAAAUCACUUCCGCAAUGCGCACAAAAGAACGGUGCGGAAUAGACUUCUUCUUAAUUGCUCUUUUUGCGCAUUUGUUGCAAACAAGACAACAUUGGAGAUUCAUGUAAGAAUAUUCCACAAGGAGAGAUUAUUUGCACAGCAGCUUAAUAGGAGCGAGGUAGUCAGACAGAGACAGAUGCAGGCAAGGAAGCCUCUCGCCAGUGGUGCAAGGCCUAUGUACUAUUGCAAAAAAUGCCUGUACCGUGACACACUCUACAAUGGCGUGAAGAGACACAUUUAUCGGGACCAUUUUAAGCAUGUUGCCACACCAUAUCUGGGUACGGUUUCCAAAGCAUCUGUCCAAAAUGGGGCUCCUUUCAACGGCGAUAACAUACUUUGUAAACGAUGCAGGUUUACCACCAAAAGCUACGAGUCCCUUGUGCAGCAUGUCAUCGAAUACCAUGAGCGCAUUGGUGCUCAGGUAACUGCCAUGAUAGGGCAUUCUAAUGUUAUGGUCUCAAGUUUGCCAAGCAUGUCUCAGAAAUCCUCUAUGAUGGUCAACGGGGGCUCUUCACUUGGCGUUAAUGCAAAGGCACAACAAGUCAUUGGCUACUUAAAGCCAGCGGCCCCGGUUUAUAAAGUUCAGUCUUUGGGUGUGGCUAAAAAGGCCAUGUUCAAUCCCCCCAUGAGCACCCCUGCUGCUGAAAGUAAUGGUCCCGGUUUCAAUACAGCCCAAACACAGAAGUGGAAGAUAUGCACUGUAUGCAAUGAGCUGUUUCCAGAGAACCUAUACAGUGCUCACUUUGAAAGUGCACACAAGGCUAGGAUAGUGUGGGCUCUGGCCAAGUAUAUCAUGAAAAUCCACAAUUUCACUAGCAAGUGUUUGCUUUGUAACCGCUACCUGCCGAGUGAUACUCUUCUCAACCACAUGCUAAUACAUGGCAUCACUUGUCCGCAGUGUCUUUCUGCUUUCCACAGUGUUGAAAAACUCCUUGAGCAUGAACGCCGGGUUCACCCGGAAGGUUACGUCGGACCACCGGGAGCAUCGCCCUUAACUUUUGAUCUCGCCAUCAAAGAAAACAUACAGCUUCAUGUUCUCACCUUUAAUAUGAAAGAGUCCGAUAGCAGCGAUCAGCCUUUAGCUCCUUUGAACAUGAUCACCCCUCUUGGCAAAGCAACCCCUUCCACGUUUUCAGAGAUAAAUACUCAAACGCUGGAUAAUUUUUAUUGUACAGUCAUGGAUGCCAACCAGCCGGACAGGAGUAUGUGUCCCCUAUGUUGCGCCACUUUAAAAGAUCCCGUCCCUAAUGCUUUGGCAAUUCAUCUGAGGCACCGACAUCAAGUACUCCAAACAAUGCAUCCCGUUGAAAAAAGAUUGUCGUACAAGUGCGUUCAUUGCUUGGGAGUGUACACUAGUAACAUGGUGGCUUCCACAAUUACACUGCAUCUUGUCCAGUGCAGAGGAGUAGGAAGGAACCUGGCAACACAAGGUCCCAAGUCAGCGUUGCCCCUUCAAAUGUCAGGAGUAGGCAACAUUAAGAGGCAGACAUCAACACAUCUGACAGCUAACCCCAAGAAGAUCAAACUGAGUAAGCUGAGUAAAGCUGGUCAGGUAGACCUUGCUCUAGAUCCUAAAACCAAUGAGCAUAAGACUUAUGAAGCUCGUAAAAACUUCCUAAAAGCCUACUUCAAUCAAAAACCUUACAUUUCCCCUAAAGAGGAAAAGAAACUUUCUGCUAGUCUGUGGAUAUGGAAAGCGGACAUUUGUAAGCAUUUUGAAACCAUGCAAAAUGCAUGCAAAAAACAAUGCGAGACAUCAGACGUGUCUGUGCUGCUGGGUUUUGACAUGCAGGCACUCAAGAAGUUGAAACAUGACAUGGUCUUUGAGAACACCCCGCGUGAUGGCUCGGCAGAAGGGAAGUCUGGUGGCCUCAAGUCUGGUACUCCAAACAUGACCCAAACUGAUCAACUUGAGACACAGAACUGUACAAAACGAUUACCUCAACGCAUCUCUACUAGGCCGAGCCCAUGCACUGAGCCCAUCCUAAUUGACUCUGACAGUGAACCAGAAAUUGAACCGAUUCCUGUUGCCGACAAAAAUGGUGACUCAAACCUGCAGAAGAUCGAAUCCCAACAGGUUGCACGAUCGACAGACAAGUCGGAACAUGUAAACACGAUUGAUGGUGAACCAGGAAAGGAAUUGCUGCCCGUUGAUAACACAGAUAACAACUCAGCCCUGCAGAAGAUUGAACCCCUGUAUCCAGCAGAAUCAAACGAGAAAUCGGAACAUGUCUACACAGAUGACAGUGAAUCAGAAGUAGAACCGAUACUCAUUGCUAACACAAGUGGUGACUCUGACCUGCAGAAGAUUGAAACACUUCAUCCAGCAGAAUCAACCGAGGAAUCAGAACAGGUUGACAAAGAUGACAGUGAAUCAGAAGUAGAACCGAUACUCAUUGCUAACACAAGUGGUGACUCUGACCUGCAGAAGAUUGAACCCCUACAUCCAGCAGAAUCAACCGAGGAAUCAGAACAGGUUGACAAAGAUGAUAGUGAAUCAGAAAUAGAACGGAUGCUCAUUGCUAACACAAGUGGUGACUCGGACCUGCAGAAGAUUGACAGUGAUUCAGAAAUGGAACCGAUGCCUGCUGCUAACACAAGUGGUGACUCGGACCUGCAGAAGAUUGACAGUGAUUCAGAGAUAGAACCGAUGCCUACUGCUAACACAAGCUGUGACUCGGAUCUGCAGGUUGAAUUCCAGCAGCCAGCAGAAUCAACAGAAAAAUCGGGACAGGUAAACACAGUUGACAGUGAACCAGAAAUGGAACCGAUGCCCAUUCUUGACACUAGUGGUGACUCGGACCUGCAAACUGAGUCCCAGCAGCCAGCGGAAAACUCAGAACAGGUAAACAAAGUUGAUCCUUCGAGCACCGAUACAGAGGCUUGAAACCCUUCUUGGCAAGUGUGCCUUGAAUCAAUUUUGUCUGAGCAAGGAGUCUCAUUCCCCUUUUGUCUUGUCAAAUGAAAAGUGUGUGUCUCUUUUUGCAUUAAAAGGGCCAGGGGGAGUUGAUUUAUAUAUACAUGUAUACAGUAUAUAUAUAAAAAAAACUUGUGAAGAUGCAUGCGUUUUGUUUGGCAACAAUGUCAAAUGACCUCACAUUCACAUUGUUCCAAAGGUUAUUGUUGAAUAUUCUGUAUGUAUCACUUAUAAAAAAACAUGUGGUCUCAUUUCUGAGAUAUAUAUUUUUUGAUGAGCGGACUUAUAUUUGAACUGUAUUGCCAGUGAUCAUUUGGAAACUUGCUAAUGUACAAAAUUUAAUAAACAGUUAUUUAAUAAAAUCAAAAGUA